AAGCUUAGUUGUGACCAAAAUACAGUAUUCAGAGCAAAAUUUUGAUAAUUAAUAUUUAUUUUCAUUUUUCCAUAUUACGGCAACUGAUAAUUUUUGAAGUUUAACAAAUAAAAACAGUCUGGGGUUAAAGUUUGUUACACAUCAAUUACUUUAUUAAACCUUCAUAGAAUUUUAUGAAACUUUGGCAGAAGCUUUUUUAUGAUUAAGAGAUAAUGUCUGAAGCAAACUUUUGAAAAUAUAUUUUUUUCAUUUUCAGUAUUUUUCUGUUAGAUUGGACUUCGUAAACCUUCAUGGAUUGUUAUGAAUCUUGGACAGAAGCAAAUCUUCAAGACGAUGAAUCGCUUCUUAAGAAAAAGUUUGAUUUUUUUUAAAAUUCUGUAUUUGACUGAUAACUGGACUCGCUUUUUAAGUCAAUGUCACACUUUAACACUGACAGCAGCAAUCGCAGGCAAGACACAGGGUUCUGCAGAACCCUUUACGAUUUUUUUUUUAAAUUUGUACAGAAGCUUCUCCAAAAUCAAGAGAGAAUAUUCUGAGAAAAAUUUAGACUUUUUUUACUUAUUUACUAUAUUUUACUGAUAAAUGGACUCAGGUUUUUGUUAAUCAAUAUUAAACUUUUGCACUGACAGCAGUAGUUGUUAGCGGGACACUGCUUCUAUUGAACCCUUUACAAUCUGUUUUCAAUCUGUACUAAAAUUUGCCUACCCAUGUUAAAAUGAGCAUAGAGCAUGGCAUGAUAGAAUUAUUUUGAUUCUAAUAGGAAAAUUUAGAACUUUUGUACUUUGAAGCGGACCUAUAAUUAAGAGAUAACUGUAUUGUAUUUGAAGCUUUGCGGACGUCCAUCGGUAGUUUUACUGUCGCAAAUUUAUUUUACCUGGCGACGCGUAGCAAAACAAGUACAUAAUUCAAUUUCAAUCAUUAUUUCAGUGUAAAAUAAAGGCAACAGUAGUAUAACGCUGUUCGAAAUUCAUAAAUCGAUAGAGAUAAAAACAAAUCCGGGUUACAAACUAAAACUGAGGGAAACGCAUCAAAUAUAAGAGGAGAACAACGACACAACAAAAACACAACAUUAAAAUGUAACACACACAGAAACGAACUAUAAUAUAACAAUGGCCAUUUUCCUGACUUGGUACAGGACAUUUUAAGAAAAAAAUGGUGGGUUGAACCUGGUUUUGUGGCAUGCCAAACCUCCCGCUUUUAUGGCAACGUCAAACACAACACCUAAACGACAACAUCACAUGACAGGACCACAAUACAAAUAAAUGGAGAACAUAUAGGACAAAGAAACACACGAAUAAUAGCUAGCAGAAGGUACUAGGCUUAAAAUUCAAUACGCCAGACGUGCGUCUCGUCCACACAAGACUAACCAGUGACGCUCAGAUAAAAAAAGUUUGAAAGCCAAAACAAGUACAAAGCUGAAGAGCACCGAGGACCAAAACUUCCAAAAAGUUGCGCCUAACACGGCCAGGAUUUUCUGCCUGGGACAAGAACAUCCUUAUUAUUUAGAAUAAUUUAUAAUUUUGCAAACAGUAAAUAUUAUAAAAUGACUAUAUAAUAGAUAUACAUGAUAAAACCAAAGUGGGUUUCGUUAAAGAAAAUUCCGCGAAAAGAUGUUAUCUUCCUUGGCCCCUAAACUAGGUGACGUCAUAGGUAUGCUUCCGGCGUCAAACGUCAAAAUGUCGGCUUCCUUAGUUACAGACAAGGAGAUAGAGAAUUUUACACUUACUGUCAUCCAAUCAGAACCAUUGAUACAAAAUAAUUGCAUUAGAAUAGGCGUUCGAAAGGCAUCCAUUUUGAUUUGAUGAAGUCAAAACGUUUUAGAAAAUCAACCAUUUCACGAUUAAAAAAUUAACAGAUACAUGUAAACUUACUUUUAGAAUGAUUUUAUUUAAUUUCCUAGCGAACAACACGAACACAAAUGUCCAUUUUGAUUUCCGGCGUUGUUCAAAACACAACUGACGGUGCAAUUUCAAUUGUGACGUCAAUCACGUAAUUUUGAUCGCCGGAUCCGCCUAGACGUUAGCGGUGGUUAAGCGUGCGUUUUAUUUUCAACGAGACGCUUGUAACUAAUGUAAACUAUGGCGGCGGCAAAAUACAGCCUGUGGACCGUCCCGAAAUUGAAGGCUGAACUGAGCAUUAAGGGUACAGUAAUCACAGGAAGAAAGGCAGAUCUGAUUGAUAGACUGGUUGCAUAUGACAGAAAUCAUAAUUUCAAACCCCCCAUCAUAGAAAUUCCAGAAGCUACAGAUAUAGAAUGGCCAAAACAUGGAUAUAAGCAGCUUAUAGCAGAUCAUAGAUUGGUAUUUUCCAAAGUGACCAGAGAGCAAAUUGAUGGCUAUUUUUUAUUUAGAUUAGCAGGCGAUAAGCAGGUGAAUGGCGACAUUAAGGCAUUGGAGAAAGGCAGAGAUUUGCUACAAGCGAAAAAAAUCCUGGCUUGUUCUGUACUUAUUCUUGUUGAUGGUAUUUUUCUAAGUGGUAUUGUUGGUGCAGCCAUGAAAAAACAGGUAUCUUACAACUAUAAUAUCAAACUUGACAAAUCUGGCAGCCCAGUUAAUUCAAAGUGUGAAUGUCCAGCAGGAAAGGGUCCCAAUGCCACCUGCAAGCAUGUUGCUGCAGUGCUGUUAAUGGCUGAUAUUUUCUCUAAUACUGGAGAAAUUUCAAUACAGAAAUCAUGUACAGAAGGUUUACAGACUUUUCAACAACCAAAGACAUAUUACAAUGGUGCUCCAGUGAAAAUUGAAAAACUUGCUAAAAGGAAACCAACAGAAAUAGAGGACCCAAGACCACAGAAGUACAGAAAUAUGGAAGGGUUUACAGACCAUGUCAGAAACACCAUGAUUAAUUUUUGCUCUCAAUCAUCUCAAGACCUUACACUGAGAUAUAUUUUUCCUGCAGCUGAUAUAGAGACUGCCCAGCUUGAUCAUGACUAUCUGUCGUUACCAUUUGCUGAAUAUUGGGUUGACAGAGCUUUAAUGGUUACAGUACAACAGGCAAAAUUGGCUGAAAAGGAGACAAGAGGGCAAUCCAGCAACAAGAAAUGGUUUUAUUUAAGACAGUGGAGGAAAACAGCAUCUAGGUUUGGAGAAAUUUCAAAGAUGACCACAAGGAGAAAUGUACAAAAACUAUGUGAAUCAUUGUGCUCUCAAAAGUUCCUAAAUGUAAAAUCUGUAUUGCAUGGUAAAAUGUACGAGCAGAAGGCAAUAUCACAGUUUGAACAAAAGUUUCAAUUGAAAUGUCAACCAUGUGGACUGUUUAUUUCUGCUGACAAACCAUUUCUUGGAGCUUCCCCAGAUGCUUUAAUUGGAGAUGAUUGUGUUGUGGAGGUGAAGUGUCCAUAUACAGGACGAGAUGAGAGUAUUGCGCCAGGAGUCAAUUUUUCUUUUUUGGAAUAUGGCAAAGAUAACAAUAUAACAUUAAGAAAAACAUCAAACUAUUACGACCAAAUUCAGGGUCAACUUUUUUUAUCACAGAGAGAACAUUGUUAUUUCAUUGUUUAAAUUUAAAGACCUCUUUGUUGAGAAAAUUGAAAUUAAUCAUGACUACUGUGUUGGUUGUCUGCUUCCAAAGUUGGAAUUAUUUUACUCCAAACACUUUAGGCCAUAUAUUGCCUCAAUGCUAUAAAAAAAUUAAUAAAUUAUUGAGACUUUA